GCUGUAUAUUUGAACCAGAAGGAAAUGCAUGCAGUCUGACAGACAGCACAGCUGAAGAACAUGUCCUGGCCUUGGUAGAGCACGCAGCAGAUGAAGCACGGGAUCGGAUCAAUCAGUGUCUCCCAAACAGCAAGAUAGGCUACCUGAAAAAGAACACUGAUGGAUCUUUGAUCUUCAGUGUACUCAAUCCAUCAGAUCCUGAAACAGAAGUAGAGGAGGAAAGCCAUCCAGUGGAUCUGAGCUCUCUAUCCAGCAAAUUACUACCUGGUUUUACAGCAUUAGGCUUCAAAGAUGAAAGAAGGCAUAAAGUUACAUUUCUUUCAAGUGCUAAUACAGUGGUUUCAAUGCAAAAUCACUCUAUCUUUCAUGAUCUGAAAAUGGAUGAAAUGGAACUGCUAUAUUCAGCAUAUGGGGAUGAGACUGGGAUUCAAUGUGCUUUAAGUCUUCAAGAAUUUGUGAAAGAUUCUGGAACCUAUAGUAAAAAAAUAGUAGAUGACUUGCUGGAUCAGAUCACUGGUGGGGAUCAUUCCAAGUCUAUUUAUCAACUAAAACAGAGAAGAAACAUUCCAAUGAAGCCACCAGAUGAUCUCAAAAUUGGAGAAGUCAUUGGAGAUAAUAGUAGUUCUGUUUUGGACUUUUUAUCUAUGAAAAGCUAUUCAGAUAUGUCACUUGAUAUAUCCAUGUUGAGUUCAUUAGGUAAAGUAAAGAAAGAACUUGAUCAUGAUGACAAUCAUUUGCACUUGGAUGAAACAACUAAAUUAUUACAGGACCUUCAUGAAGUACAGACUGACAGAAUAGGAUCCAGGCCUUCCUCCAACCUUAGUUCCCUCUCUAAUACUUCUGAAAGGGAUCAACAUCAUCUAGGAAGCCCAUCUCACCUAAGUAUAGGAGAACAGCAAGAUAUGGUCCAUGACCCCUAUGAAUUUCUUCAAUCUCCAGAAUCUACAAAUGUCAAUAAUUAAUCUCAAUUAUACUGUACAUAUUAACUGUAUAACAGUUAAUAGAAUCCCAUGAAACAGUAUGCAUUUCAACCCCAGCCUCCAAAUAAGAAUUAAUGUUUAGUAAUAUGUAUACAUUUUACUUGGAUAAAAAAUGUCAUGGUAUUUGUACUAUCAGAAAUAAUAUUUUAGCAAUAUGUGCAAUGGACCUGAAGGAGUUACAAAUUAUGUACUUAAAAAAAACUUGUUUAUAAAAAAUGGCUAACCAGCUGUUUAUCAUGCUUUUGAUUGUUACACAUACUUGGUGUAUAACUAUGUAUAUAGAAAAUUUGCUAGAUAAAUUUAUUUCAUUUGUAAUACAAGUUUUAGAAAUAGAAUAGUUUUCGUAUUUUCCCUCCUGUCAGUUUUUCAUUGCCAAGAUGGCCUGAUGAAAAGAAAGUUAUUGACUCGUCAUGAAAAAUGAAAAAGUACUCUUUAGAACUUUUUAAAAUUAAGUAUUUGAAAUUUGAUAUUGAAUGAUUUUUAAACAUUAUGUGGAAACCAGAAUAAUACAUUCAUUUACAGUAUUCCAAAUAUUAAUAAAUGUGUACGUGUUCUGAA